AUUAAUGUUGGCAUCACAAGUGAAGUGAGCUACUAGCAGUCUAUAUUUAUAUCAUCAAAGUUUCUUCUGGUGUUAAUUCCGUACACGAUUUGUAUCACUUCGGCGUAGUCCACGUUUCGUGUCGUAAAGACUUAAAGAAUGCGUUACGUGGCCGCUUAUAUGCUGGCUGUAUUGGGAGGCAAAGCCUCACCAAGCCAGAAUGAUAUUGAGAAAAUUCUGUCGUCAGUAGGAAUUGAAACUGACGCUGAAAAAUUGAAAAAAGUUAUUUCCGAGCUAAAUGGAAAGCCGAUUGACGAAUUAAUUUCCAAAGGUAGAGAAAAGCUAUCAUCUAUGCCAAUUGGUGGAGCGGUUGCUGCCGGUGUCACUGUAGCUCCUGCUGGUGGUGUGGCAGCUCCAGUGGAAGAAAAGAAAGAGGAAAAGAAACCUGCUAAAGAAGAAUCAGAAUCUGAAGACGACGACAUGGGAUUCGGUCUCUUUGACUGAAGACGCCUUUUUUGCAUUUUUUAUUUUGUCACCAGAAUGAAACGUGCUGCAUUCUCUGUGACAAUGAUACGAGUCGCUUCUGACUUUUGUAGACUUCAAAACUCCGAGCUAAUGCUAUUGCUGGAGAAUAAAGCAUACUUUUAACUGAAA